AUGUCAAUCAUUGCAAAAAAAGCUAUUUUGAACCUAAGAAUCUCAUUGUGUUCUCUGAAUAUUGGCCAAAGGUCGUUCACAUCCUCUUCGAUCAAUUAUAGUGCUAAAGCUGUGAAAUUCUUAAAGGCCCAAAGACGAAAGCAGAAAAAUGAGGCAAAGCAGGCUACUUUAAAGGCAUCGACAGAUAAGGUUGACCCGGUUUUGGGGCGCACGGAUACCCCAUUUAUAACACGUAUUAUGGCCGAGCUAAAAGAACCGCUUGUUCUUUCAAAAGGCUAUAACAUCGAAGAAGUAGACAAGUUUCUUGUAGCUAUUGAAUCUGCUAAACGUGAAAGAGCAGAAUUGUCGGGGUUGAACACAGAAGUUGUGGGACUUGAAGAUGUACAGUCAUUAGAAGCAAGACGUGAGGCUAUUUUGAGAAUAUUGAGUAUGAGAAACUCUGAGAAUAAGAACGCUAUUAAACUAGCCGUAGAUUUGGCACGUAAGGAAUUUGAGAGAUUCCCGGGCGACACAGGCUCCAGUGAAGUUCAAGCAGCCUGUAUGACUGUUCGUAUCCAGAAUAUGGCAAAUCACAUAAAAGAGCAUCGUAAAGAUUUUGCAAAUACGAGAAAUUUGAGAAUACUAGUUCAACAAAGACAAGCUAUACUAAGAUAUUUGAAAAGAGAUAAUCCUGAAAAAUAUUACUGGACCAUUCAAAAAUUAGGGUUAAACGAUGCUGCUAUAACGGAUGAAUUUAAUAUGGACAGACGUUAUAUGCAAGAUUAUGAAUUUUUUGGUGAUAAAAUAUUGAUAAAGGACUCUAAGAAAGUGGCAGAUCAAAAACGUAAAGAAAUAAGGAGACAGAAAAGAACUACCUUUUAG